GUUAGUUGCAUGACAUCGAUAGCAAAUGUUCGAUGGUAAACAAACAUGGUGGCUAUCGAAUUAUUCAGAGUAGAGUGAAAAUUGUGGUAGAAAAAAUUAAAAAACACAGAAGAAGAUGGCCUCGCUGGAACCAACACAAAAUAAAACAUGGGAUUUAUCGCUGUACGAGCUGCAGCGCAAGCCGCAGGAAAUAAUAACAGACAGCACCGAAAUUGCAGUAUCUCCGCGAAGUUUACACAGCGAACUAAUGUGUCCCAUCUGCCUGGACAUGCUGAAGAAAACCAUGACGACCAAAGAGUGCUUACACCGCUUCUGCUCCGACUGCAUUGUGACAGCUCUGCGCUCGGGCAAUAAGGAAUGUCCCACUUGCCGCAAAAAACUUGUCUCGAAACGCUCACUGCGAGCUGAUCCCAACUUUGAUCUGCUUAUAUCGAAGAUCUAUCCUAGCCGGGAGGAGUAUGAGGCUAUACAGGAGAAACAAAUGGCCAAGUUCAAUCAGGCACAAUCACAGCAAGCACUUGUGAACUCGAUCAAUGAGGGCAUUAAGCUGCAAUCACAGAAUCGACCACAACGAUUCCGCACCAACAAAGGCGGUGGCACUGGCGGUGGCGGUGGUGGUGGUGGUGGUGGUAACAAUAGUGGUGGCAACAGCGGUGGAGGAGGAGGAGGCGCGAGUGCCACUCGUGCUGGCUCUAAUGCAGUGCAUGCCCACGAUACGGCUUCCAAUGACAGCAAUAGCAACACGAAUGGCACGGAUCGCGAGAACCGAGAUUCCGUUAGUGCUGGACCUGCAGUUGGAGCGGUAACUGGCGCUCCGGCGCCAAUAAAUACUACUGUAGCAGUGGCAACGUCUGCCGGCACAUCGGGUGCGAGUACUUCCAGUCGCAUGCAAGUGGAUGAUGCAUCGAAUCCACCCUCAAUACGAAGCACUCCUUCGCCAGUGCCGUCAAAUUCGAGCAGCUCGAAACCCAAGCGCGCCAUGUCUGUGAUGACCUCUGAGCGAUCCGAGGAGUCGGAAUCCGACUCACAAAUGGAUUGUCGCACAGAAGGUGAUUCGAAUAUCGAUACUGAGGGCGAAGGCAAUGGUGAACUGGGAAUCAAUGAUGAAAUUGAGCUCGUAUUUAAGCCACAUCCCACUGAGAUGUCGGCCGACAACCAGCUAAUCCGAGCACUGAAAGACAACUGCAUACGCUACAUUAAAACCACAGCCAAUGCGACUGUUGACCAUCUCAGCAAGUAUCUAGCCAUGCGCCUAACCCUUGACCUAGGCGCUGAUUUACCCGAAGCCUGUCGGCUUCUCAAUUUCUGCAUCUACGUUGCUCCACAGCCACAGCAGCUGGUUAUCUUGAAUGGCAACCAGACACUACAUCAGGUCAAUGAUAAAUUCUGGAAGGUCAAUAAGCCAAUGGAAAUGUAUUAUUCGUGGAAGAAAACCUAAAGCGAACAUUUAUUUCUGCAAUUGAAAUAUAUAUAGACAUAUACAUAUGUAUAGUUUUAUCGUUAAUGUGCUUAACAAGAAUAUACAUACAAAUAUAACAUAAUUUAAUUGUAA